AUGAAAAACUGGACAAACGGGUCCACGUGUGUGUGCGAUGCGCGCACGGUGGAGAACGCGUCAGAUUUGGACCUGGACUAUCCGGAUCACUUGUAUCCCGUGCCGGUCCUGACCGGGAUCACGGUGACCUGUUCGGUCCUGUUCCUAGUCGGGAUUACGGGCAACUUGCUGACCAUCCUGGUGGUCACGAAGUACAAAGACAUGCGGACCACUACUAACUUGUACCUGUCCAGCAUGGCACUGUCGGACCUGCUGAUCUUCCUGUGCAUGCCGCUGGAUCUGUACCGCGUGUGGCGCUACCGACCCUGGAACCUCGGCGAUCAGCUGUGUAAGCUCUUCCAGUUCGUCAGCGAGAGCUGCACAUACUCGGCCGUCCUGAGCAUCACCGCGCUCAGCGUGGAGCGUUACGUGGCCGUCUGCUUCCCCCUGCGCGCAAAGGUGCUGGUGACCCGCGGGCGCGUAAAAGCGCUCAUCCUGCUGCUCUGGAUCAUCGCGCUGUGCUGCGCGGGUCCCAUUUUCGCCCUGGUCGGGGUCGAGCACGAAAACGGCACCGAUCCUGGAGAAACGAACGAGUGCAAAGCGACCGAGCGUGCCAUCAGAUCCGGGCUGUUGACGGUGAUGGUCUGGGUGUCCAGUGUGUUCUUCUUUCUCCCGGUACUGUGUCUGACCGUCCUCUACAGCCUCAUCAGCAGGAGACUCUGGAGGAGGAAGAAGAACCCAGUGGGACCCUUGUCCAGCCGGGACAAGAGUAAUACACAGACUGUCAAAAUGUUGGCCGUGGUGGUGUUCGCCUUCGUGCUCUGCUGGCUGCCGUUCCACGUGGGCCGCUAUCUCUUCUCCAGGUCGUCCGAAUCCAACUCACCCCUCUUCUCCCAAAUCAGUGAAUACUGCAACCUGAUCUCCUUCGUACUGUUUUACUUCAACGCCGCCAUCAAUCCCAUCCUCUACAACAUCAUGUCGAAGAAGUACCGGAUCACGGCCUGCAGACUGUUCCGAGCGAGGCGGGCCCCGGAGAGGUCCAAGUCGGCCGCGCUGAACACGGAGAGCUCGCCGGUGUGGAACGAGUCGGUCGGCGCCACAUGA